CUUACCUGGAACUCGGCCAUCCGAAUACAAGGGAAUCUGCACCGGCAAUGACGAGCAUCGCUUUUCUCUGCAACAGUGAGAGUCCCAUCGCUAGCAUGGAAUUGUCUGUACACCCGUCUCGAGGGCAUCGAGACCGUCAAACACUGCGCCGGUCGAAUGGUUGAGGUGAGGCUGAACGCCGAUCGGCCAAGAGAAGAGCCCCGGGGUCGUUUCGAGCGUGGCAGGCGUCAAGAUGUCAGUCGUCUCGAACACCGAGGCAAUCCAAUUCACAUCCGACAUCCCAUCAUCACGUGCACCUCACUCAAAAACACGCCUCGAGAUCCAACCAUGUCGCUGGCCAAUGACGAGCAGCACCCCACGUCCAUUGCCUCGCUGCUGCGAUCGGUAGGCGGCUGGGUCGCCCCGAGUGGCCGCGGAAUCUUCAUGUUCAAUAUGUUGACGAGCAACAUGGCUUCCGCGGCUCUCGGGGGUGUCACCACCGCGUAUCUUACAGCCUGGGUAGGCCCGCUGGCAGCUGUGGGCUUCACCAUCGGCUCCUGCAUAGGCUUCGUGAGCAGCGCCAUCUUCUACUGGCGAUCUGCGCAGGCGCUGGCAAUGAAGGCCUUUGACGACUUUCCCGAGCUCAUGAUGCUCCAUCUCAUCCGCAACUACCGCACACAAGGCUUUGAUAAGAUUCCCAUCAAGACCAGCAAGGACAGGUUGGCUUUCAGGAGCAGGCUGCAGAAUGAAUUGUCCUUGAGAUGCCUGCUGAUGGCCGCGUGGCACACGGCCGCGCCGGCCAUCGAGGAAGUGUCCUCAAGGAGAGAAGCGGCUUUGGUUGAUAGGUUAACCAGCGUCGAGGAGGAUUAAAAAGGGAGAAAUGCACUCGAGCGCGUGCAUAGCACACAUCCCAUAGUCAUCUCAAAGCCUUGCGUUACGGCGAGACGGAUCAAAGUGACAGUUUGAG